AUGUUUCCCUGGGCCCUCCGCUACCUCUCAGGACCCCACCAGAAGAUAUUUCAGUACCACGAGGCUGUGAGGGGCUUCAUCCGCCAUGAAAUCAUCAGGCACAAGCUCAGAACACCUGAGGCCCCCAAGGAUUUCAUCAACUGCUACCUGUCACAAAUCACCAAGGCCAUGGAUGACCCUGUCUCUACAUUCAGUGAGGAGAACCUGAUCCAAGUGGUGAUUGACCUGUUUCUAGGAGGCACAGACACCACGGCCACCACACUGCACUGGGCACUCAUAUACCUGGUCCAUUACAGAGCCAUCCAGGAGAGAGUGCAGCAGGAGCUGGAUGAGGUGCUGGGCACUGCACAGGCCGUCUGCUAUGAGGAUCGAGAGCGACUGCCCUACACCCGUGCUGUCCUCCACGAGGUGCAGCGCCUUAGCAGUGUGGUGGCCGUGGGUGCUGUACGUCAGUGUGUGACUUCCACCUGGAUGCAUGGUUAUUAUGUGCCUAAGGGCACCAUCAUCUUGCCCAAUCUGGCCUCUGUGCUGUACGACCCUGAGUGCUGGGAGACCCCUCAUCAGUUCAACCCUGGCCACUUCCUAGACAAGGAUGGAAACUUUGUAGCCAAUGAGGCCUUCCUGCCCUUCUCUGCAGGGCAUCGGGUGUGUCCUGGGGAACAGCUUGCUCGAAUGGAGCUCUUCCUGAUGUUUGCCACGCUCCUCAGGACCUUUCGGUUUCAACUACCAGAAGGGAGCCAGGGCCUCAGGCUGGAAUAUGUCUUUGGUGGUACACUGCAGCCUCAGUCCCAGAAGAUUUGUGCAGUGCUUCGCCUGAGCAGCCUCAGCCCUAGGGAGCCCUAG